GCUUGCCUCUAGUCCCUUUAGUAAACCUGCAUAACAGAGUGGAAUAAAAUAUAAACAGUCUUUAAUAAUGUGCAUUAUGAGCAGUACGAUAUGUUUCAUAAUGCGAUAAUUUGAGUUAACUGGUUUACGACAUUUCACAAAAUCACCACAAAAGCAUUUCACAUCGGUACUGCACCACUGGGCGGAAGCGAAAGAACAGGAUGGAAACAUGGCCGCUGUGCUGAACAGACUGCCAGGUUCGGAUUGUGUCAAAUUUUGCCACAGGGCAGUGGAUGAACUGUGUGGCUCCAAGUCUUCUUGCAGAAGUGAUACCGCUGAUACCUUGAGUCUGAGCGAGAGCCUGAAUGUGUUGGACUCACUGAAAGCCUUCUACACCCUGGCUGUGGUGAAUAAUUACUCUGAUGAAGAGGUGCUGGCUGGCAUGACAGACUUGGACCACAGUCAUACCAAGGCUUUGCUAAAUGUCCUAAGAAGCAGAAAGGCAGAGAUACAUGCUGCGCUACUAGAAAAAACCAACUGCAUCUCCUCGACAUCCUUGCAAGAUUUUGACUGGCAGCUGAAGUUGGCUCUAUCCAGCGACAACAUCUCAUCUCUGCAAACCCCUUUGGUCAGCCUUAAUCUUAAUGUAAAGAGAAACGGCCACGUAACGCCUGUUGCCAUAGAGAUGAACAGAGAGGAGUUAAACACACUCAUCAGUUCAUUGGAAGCGGCCAAUAAGGUGGUACUGCAUUUGAUAUGAAGGAGAGACAAUGGGUGCUGGCAGGAACCUGCAGUAACUGGAUGAAAGCUUCCAGCUCUCAUGUUUUUAUUUAUCCAAUUUACGAUAGCUAGUGCUCUCCAUUUUGACUAUAUUUGUGCAGAUAUAAAAGUGUAAUUACCAUCUGAUGUGGCAUUAAAGAAAGUGUAAAGAAUAAGCAUUGUUUUUUUUUAUGUUGUUCCAGAGGUACCUCUGGCAUGAUGAUGUCAUAAUCUCAGUAUCGCCUGUUAUCAAGCUGCUCUGAUACUUAAGCUAGCAUGUAACUAGCUAGCACAAAAUGGGCCGUUUUCUGACAGUGCUGACAACAUAUUGGUUAAUAAUGUUCUUAUGCUAAACAAAUGUGAUGUUCAUCGAAUAGGGAAUAAAUGUAAAUGAGUUCAAGAC